AUUAUUGUUGAUUUCCAGAGUAUCCAUAUCAUUUAGAUUUAUACAGUGUUUACCUUACAUAUCACGGCAAGAGUAUCUGUCGUAUGUCUGCCCUCAACCUAACUCAAAUUCCCCGCCAAAGGUUAUUUUGAUGUCGAAGUUGUAUGCUCUGGAAAUCAAUUCGAUGCUCUUUGAUCAACAGUGUCCACUACGACAGGCCCCCAGUGCGGUAACUGCCAGUAACCCGACCUAGACUCAUCCAGUCCAUUUACAAGUUUCAAUGAGUCUAGAAUCAGUUCGCGCAUAAUUUGUUACUUCUGAUUACCGGGGUUUCCAUACCGUCAAUUAACUUGUCACUUGCUCAUCCAUUAUUUUCUCGUCGAUCAUUAGAGAAAAGCCCCACUGUUGGAUGAGGUGCCAAUCUCAUGCGAGUACUUUGGCAACUUUGUGCUCUUUCGAAAACAUACCUCUUACCAAGUCCAUUGUGUAUUGUCGACAACGACCUUUCUGUUCGACCAUCUGGCUAAGGCAGGCAACUCGCGAGUGUCCUGACUAAAUGCUUGAUGCACUCAUACCCACACCUGAACAACAUAGUGGAAUGCCAGAACCACGUUUUCAUCGUGAGGGUUCUGAGGGAAAGCCAUACGCUUCGAGAAUAUACAGACCCCAACGUCAAAGGGUUAGACGAUUUCCUACCAGGCCCCCGGUAAAAGAUCGGUUCCCCAAGAGGACGGGGGAGGAAAUGACGGGUGUAAUGGAAUCGAGGACACAGGCACCACACAACCUUAUUGACAGACAAACAUUGUGCUUGCCGAAUUUCUCCGAGGAUUCCAUACUGCAUAGUGGAGAUGAAGGCUUUAUAGAUAUACUGAAUCGAUACUUCCCUGCGGCGGAGAGUAACGCUUCGGAACGCCUGGUAAAAUUGAAGUCUCAGCUUCGUAAAGCUGACACCUAUGACUUCUGGAGGGUACUGAUGCAGGAAAUGUGCGAUAUAACAGGAGCUCAAUGCGGAUUGGUUGCUAAACGAAUGUUGGUGGAUGAUCAAGAUACCGCUGUCGAACUCCCGGAACUUGGGGAAGAAGGCUCAUGUCUAAUGGGUGUUGCUUUCUACACAAAAAAUGGGGAUGAGGAACCUAACCUUGAAAGAGAUUAUAAGUAUACAGCCUUUGGUACACCUUGCGCUUAUAUGAAGUACGAUAAAGUGGUUAUUGUACCCGAGAGAAUGAAGGAGGUAACACCCAACAAUCCAAACAUCAUGCCGUGGGGUCAAUCGGAGGCCUUCAUUGGUGUGCCAUUAACUAUGGAAGACAAAUCUUUUGCACACUUUGCAUUGAUAUGGUCUGAGGACGGUGCAAAAAGAAGGAAGCUCAGUUGGAGCUUCAUAGAAAUGUUCAUGCAUUCUCUUGAAGACUUAAUUCUCCAACGUAUAGUAGAGGGCCGAGGCUUUGCUGAAGAUGGUAACCUUCCAGAAUGCGCUGCAGAACAGAUCAUACCUCUUUCUGCUAUCACCGCUUCGCAGUCACUAAAACCGUAUGCUCGCAGCCUGUCGCACGAGUUAAGGACGCCAAUGCAAGGAGUUGUUGGAAUGCUUGAUAUCAUGUACUCAACCGUACUUGAUGCUAUCGCAAAUCAACAGAAUGAGCGGGCUCGAGCUGUUUUUGCUGAUCUUAAGGUCAAUAUUGAGAUCGUGCAAGAAAGCUCUAGAAGGGCGAUAGAAGCAGCCGAUAAUGUCGUCCACGCAUACGAUCUCAAUAUGCAGAUGCCUGAUGUUCCCUUAACGCCUGAAGAUGACGGAACAAAAUCUUUUGCACCAAUGCAAAAUUAUUCUCCGCCAACCGAUGGGCAAUUACGAGAGGCAUUUUCAUCUCCAAAUCUAAAGAAGAGAAAUCGAUCCGAAGACCUCGAGCUCAAUUUAGGAUCUCCUCCGAAGCGUAUGUUCACUUUGCCAGAGGGAGAAAUAUCACAGCAUUUACUCGAUGUCGAUUCCGCCAUAGUUUCCACGGCAUGCUCCAGCCCCGAGAUGCCCAUUCGAUCCACAACCACCACGACUUCAGAGAUAGAGAUGAAGUCAAACGAGUUUCCUUUCGAUUCAAACCCUAGCCCACUUACAUCUCCAGCUUCCAUGAAUCCAGGUCAUCAACGAGUUAUUACCCGCGAGUUCAUGCGAAACCUUAUUAGUGAUUCCCUCAAGACCGAUUAUCCAACGAGCGAGCACCAUACCACAACGGAAUUUGGCGAGAUAAUUGAGCUGAAAACACAAGGGUCAAGAGGCGAAAUGCAAGAAUGCUCGAUCGAACUGGUGAUCCAGCCCGAUGUUCCCGAGGCUAUUCUUACUGAAGAGCAGCAUUUGCAAUUCUCAAUCUCAAAGAUUAUCGACAAUGCAAUCAAAUUUACUGAUGGGGGUAGCAUUACAAUAACGGUCAAACUCAACAACACUGGGCAUAUGAUUGAAAUAUGGGUGGUUGAUACAGGAUGUGGUAUCAACGAGGAAUCAAGAUCUCGUUUAUUUCAACCUCAUUUCCAACAAAAUGCAUCAAUCAGUCGUGCGAAAGAUGGUCUAGGACUUAGCCUGUUCAACGCGAAAGCUCAUGUGAGGAAGAACCUUGGUGGUGAUGUUACACUGGAAAGAUCUGCAACAGAAGGUCCGUUGAAAGGAUCGGAAUUCCUGAUACGCCUCCCGAUCUCAGCACUGGAUAUGAAAAGGGCUGUGACUCCACUCGUGGGCUCAUCACCUAGUCAUCCUCGAAUUACUCGGGAUGCUGUUAUAUCGCCUUACGCAACAGCAUCAGCGAAGACUGCACGCCGACGAGCAACUCCCAACGCCAAUCUUGCCAAAGACUAUCCUCUAAACUUCCUCGUUGCAGAAGACAACGUAAUUAAUCGAAAGUUCGCUUUUACAGCUCUCAGCAGACUCGGCUAUACCGAGGAUAACAUUACACUUGCAUUUGAUGGAGCAGAUGCCGUUCGUUCUUACCAAGCCUCGUUGUCAAAGCCAUCUGGUCGAUAUGAUAUCAUAUUAAUGGAUAUAUGGAUGCCGAACAUGGAUGGCUACGAAGCUACAAAAAAAAUUACCAAACUGGCGGAAGCCCAUGGAGAGACUGCGACUAUUGUCGCGGUUACAGCCGAUAUCACAGACGAUUGUUCAAUGAGGGCGAAGGAAGCGGGCAUGCAAAGUUUCUUAGCAAAGCCGUAUAGAGUUAUUGAUAUGGAGAAACUCAUCGUCGGCAAUUUUCAACAAGGGUUCUGCUGUUCAGAAUCAUGAGCGUUUAUUUUAUUUUUCUCUUCUUUUUAUGUAUUUUGCAUGGCGGUUUUAGGAUCUGGACAACUCAGCGGGCUACGGGUUUAUGGCGUAUAGUAAAUGUCAAAAUAUUAGGGUUCUUGGGACGAAAAUUGGCUGGGCUUAGGAGCAUUCAUCGGGGCAUCAUGGCGUUUUCAGAUGUCUAAAUGGACCUCGAAGGAGUUGUUAUUAUGAUCAGGAUAGGAGUUCAGACUGGCUAUGAGAUAAGGACAUCUCUUACAGGAAUAGGGAACAGGAACAUGCAAGGAUUAUGUAUGAAUUAAUGGAUGGGAAAAUAUCUGGGAGAAUAGGGCCAUGACAAUAGUGCUAUUAAUUACAGAGGGUUUAUCGAAUUAGAGCUACUGUUACUCCUGGG